UCCUGCAUCAAGGGAAACAUGGCUUUAGCCCGGCCGGCAAGGAUUUUGUCACUAGCCGUUCGAUUGCUUCGGGAGCCCCGACGGAACUUAGCGGGGCGCGGCUCCGACGAGCCCUUGCCAGUGGUGCGCGUCCCGCGGGCUCUGCAGCGACGACAGGAGCAGCGACAGAGCGGCCGUGGGAGCUUCCCACGCCCGGUGCUAGUGCGACCUGGGCCACUGUUGGUCUCGGCGCGGCGGCCGGAGUUGAACCAGCCCGCCCGCCUCACGCUGGGCCGUUGGGAGUGCGCGCCUUUGGCCUCGCGUGGCUGGAAGCAUCGGCGAUCGCGUCGGGACCAUUUUUCCAUAGAGCGAGUGCAGCAGGAGGCGCCCGCCCUGAGGAACCUCUCGUCCCGGGACAGCUUCGAGGACCUGGGUCUGGAGCCCCGAGUGCUGCUCGCGCUUCAGGAAGCUGCGCCCGAAGUUGUUCGGCCUACCUCAGUGCAGUCGGAAACCAUUCCUCCACUGCUUCGCGGACGCCACGUCCUUUGCGCUGCUGAAACUGGUAGUGGCAAGACGCUCAGCUACCUACUGCCCCUAUUUCAACGGCUCCUGAGAAGUGCAAACCUGGACUCCCGCCGUUCCACCGCUCCCCGGGGCAUGGUUGUGGUACCUUCCCGAGAAUUAGCCGAACAGGUGCAGGCGGUGGCCCAGUCGUUGGGUAGAUACUUGGACCUGCAGGUGAUACCGCUUGGCGGAGGCCUCGGCAUGAGCAGGCUCAAAAUGCAGCUGUGUAGAUGUCCGUCAGCAGAUGUGGUAGUGGCCACUCCAGGGGCGUUGUGGAAGGCUCUGAAAAGUCAACUGAUCAACUUAGAGCGUCUUUCCUUCAUAGUGUUGGAUGAAGUAGACACACUGCUGGAUGAAAGCUUCCUGGAACUGGUGGACUACAUCUUGGAAAAAAGCCCUAUAGCAGAAAGUCCAGAUGAGUUAGAAGACCCAUUCAAUCCCAAAGCUCAGUUAGUGAUGGUGGGAGCUACGUUUCCAGAAGGCCUAAACCAAUUGCUGAGUAAAGUCAGCAGCCCAGACUAUCUCACCACCAUCACCAGCUCCAAGCUCCACUGCAUCAUGCCUCAUGUCAAACAGACAUUUAUGAGGCUAAAGGGAGCAGAGAAGGUAACAGAACUGGUUCAGAUCCUCAAACAGCAUGACAAAACCAAAAAGACAGAACCCUCGGGAACCAUCCUGGUGUUUUGCAAUAGCUCCAGCACUGUGAACUGGCUGGGAUAUAUUCUGGAUGACCACAAAAUCCAGCAUCUAAGGCUGCAAGGGCAAAUGCCAGCCUCCAUGAGGGCAGGUAUCUUCCAGAGUUUCCAGAACGGCUCCCAAAACGUACUUGUCUGCACAGACAUAGCCUCACGAGGUCUAGACAGCAUCCAUGUGGAAUUGAUUGUCAAUUAUGAUUUCCCCCCUACUCUGCAGGAUUACAUCCACAGAGCAGGAAGGGUGGGUCGUGUGGGCAGCGAAGUGCCAGGGACCGUUAUCAGUUUUGUGACCCACCCCUGGGAUGUGAGCCUGGUUCAGAAAAUUGAGCUAGCAGCUCGUCGAAGGAGAAGCCUCCCAGGACUACCAUCUUCAGUGAAAGACCCCUUGCCUCAACAAGCCUGAUUUGGUUUUGGCUGGUUCAAAUCUAAUGUUAGAGCAGGGACAUUCCUGGAGGCCCAGGAAGGUGGAACACACCUGUCACUGUGUGACUGCCUCUCUGAGAGCUUAAUGAACUGGAGAAUUGGAGAGUAAGCUACUGGCCAGGGUUGGAGAGUAACAUAUUUAAAAAAAUAAAGUGGAUCUUGAUU